GGUUGCGCGGCAAGCGUUAAGGCCGGCUGCAAUUCUCCCUGCUACGUCUUGGGGUGACGUCUUGUCUUGCAGCUGGCCACGGGAUAGCACGGCGGCAGAUAAUUCAGCAUCCCAAGCAGCAUCUGAGGGAGAACCGCAGAACCGCUAACAGAUAAGCGCAAUUCAUUCCAACGACGACAACGGAUUUAGCUUGGAGGCGUUGCGAAGCAUCAGCUUCGGACGAUUUUGCGAAGCGGCAGCUUUGAGGUGUUGCGAAGCAACGGCUUCGAACGGUUUUGCGAAGCGGCGCAUUUGAGAUUUUGCGGAGCAACGCUCGGACGGCUUUGCGAAGCAGCGGCUUUGAGGUGUUGCGAAGCAACGGCUUCGGACGGGUUUGCGAAGCGGCGUCUUUGAGGUGUUGCGAGCCAACGGCUCCUAGCUACUAGCGGCUUCGCGGCAGCUGGCCUGCCCGACGGGUUUGCCUCUUCCUUACUAGUGGCUUUGCGACAGCCGGCUCCGACGGGUUUGCCUCUUCCUUACUAGUGGCGUUGCGACAGCUGGCUCCGAUGAGUUUGCCUCUUGGCUACUAGUGGACUUGCGACAGCCGGCUCUGACGAGUUUGCCUCUUGCCUACUACCUACCCUAGGGGCUUUGCGAGAAGCAACCGGAUUCGCCUCGCGAAGCUAGUGGCUUGG